AUGACCGAUCGAGCGACACAAGUCCUUGAUGGACUUCAAUCUGGCAGCGCCAUCACCUCAUUGCAACAUGCGGCAGAGACCAGCGGUGUACCUCGCACAACGCUCCAGCAUCGUGCGCGUGGCCGACGUUCGCUUCUCGAAAAGGCUCAAAGCCAGCAGUAUCUACGGUCUUCCCAGGAGAUCGCUUCGGUGCGAUUUUUGCUGCAGCAGGACGCGCUCGGCCAUAAGUUAGAUCUGCGUUUGCUCAGGCAUAUUUUGACCUCCGAGAUGAAUCCGUCAAGGACAGGUGCACGCAGAAGAUGA